AUGCUCGCGGAAAAGGAGACACACCUGAUGGACAUUCCGUCUUCGCCACUGGGCACCUCGGAGGGGAGUUUGUAUGAGGACUCAACACCUCCUACGACUCCAGCUUCGAGUCCUUUGUUCGGUGCCUCCAGAGGAGAUGAGCUCGCCUCGUCAAGCUUUCCAUCUUCAUCAGCCACUUAUAAUCUCAGCUCCGAACAAAGAGUUCACGACAUUCCCGGCGUCGCUACACUUUGGAGAUCCUCAGAGGGACAGUUCAAGAAUGUUUGCGUCGUGGGCGCGGGGUAUGUAGGAGGGCCGACCGCUGCAGUCCUCGCGCUCCAUAACCCAUCCAUCGCAGUCGAAGUCGUGGACCGAGACCCUCGUCGCAUUCAGAGAUGGAAAUCGCGACAUCCCCCAGUCCAUGAGCCAGGCCUGGACAACGUUGUCCGCGUCGCGAGGGACGGCGCAGAGUUUGUGACAGCGAGUGCUUCUAUUGCAGCCAUCUUAGGGGACGCCAAGCGGAAGCCCAACCUAUUCUUUACGUGCGACUCAGCUAGUAGCAUAUCUCGUGCUGACAUGGUCUUCGUUGCGGUGAACACACCCACCAAGACCUUUGGGUUAGGCGCUGGAAAAGCUACCGAUAUGACAGCCGUCGAUGAGGCCGUGCGACAGAUUGCGCUCCACGCAAAACCUGGCGCAGUUAUCGUGGAGAAGAGUACGGUGCCGUGCGGCACUGCUCAGCGUAUUCGACAAAUGUUCUCCACCCUUCGACCAGAAGUCCCCUUCGAGGUUCUCUCCAACCCAGAAUUCCUAUCCGAAGGCUCAGCCAUCGACGACCUCGUCAAACCAGACCGCGUCCUCAUCGGAUCGUCAGGAACACCAGCAGGUCGUCGUGUAGCAGCUAUGCUCACAAGCCUCUACUCCACCUGGGUGCCAGCAUCGCGCAUCCUCGAAAUCAACUCCUGGUCAUCAGAGCUAUCCAAACUAGUAGCCAACGCCAUGCUCGCCCAGCGGAUCAGCAGCAUCAACUCCAUCAGCGCCAUCUGCGAGAAGACCGGCGCCGAGGUCCAUCAAGUAGCUAAAGCAGUGGGCAUGGACACACGCAUUGGACACCAAUUUCUCAAGGCCGGUCUGGGGUUCGGCGGAUCGUGCUUCCGCAAGGAUAUCGCCAGCUUGACCUAUCUGGCUGAGUCCCUGGGGCUGGACGACGUCGCAGAAUACUGGAAUCAAGUCAAUGUCAUGAAUGUAAUGCAGCGGAACCGGUUCGCCAGAAAGGUGAUUGAUCGGUUCGAGGGCAAUUUGCAUGGUCGUAAGAUUGCCUGUCUUGGCUUUGCAUUUAAGAAAGACACGGGAGAUACGCGUGAGUCUUUGGCUGCUGAUGUGGUCCGGCUUUUGAUGGAGGAGCGGCCGAUGGAGAUCGCUAUCUAUGAUCCUUACUGUCAGGAAGAGGAUAUCCUCCGUGAGCUGGAGGUGGUUUUAGGUACUCACACAGAGAAGAAUAGUGUAGUGAAGGUUCUUGCAGAUCCUUAUCUGGCCUGUUCUCAGGCGCAUGCAGUUCUGGUCUUGACGGACUGUGAUCAGUUCCGCAAUGUUCCUACUAACCCUCGGGGUCGUUCGUUGUUGGCCUAUCAGUCAUCUAUUGCUAGAGCGGACCAGGAGGUAUAUGAUAGUCUAGCUGAGGUCAUUAUGACUCCUGUCAAACCAGAAGAGGAGACUUGGACAUUCAAUGGAAUAUCCUACCGUCUUGUCCCACAAGAGGAUUGUGCUGCUGAUUGUGCAUCUUGUCGCUCGACAUCCAGCCGACCUGCAACUGCCGAACCGCUGGAGUGGGCGCGCAUUGCUUACAACCUGAAAGAACCCAAGUGGGUGCUUGAUGGCCGGUGUUUCCUGGAUGUACGAGAGAUGGAGAAAUUGGGCAUUCAUCUGGAUACUGUUGGACGGCGGCCUGGUGCAAUACAAUCAAGCGAUACCACCAGCGUUGGUAUUUGA